AUCCAUGGGAAAUUAAGAACUUGAGAACAGAUCUCACAUUUUAUUCUUCUUGUCAAAACCUGUGAAUUUUUUGUAUCAUCAUCAUCUUUUGUAACUGUAAAUUGAUGACACGUUACUACACAUACUAUACAAACAACCAGAAUGGGGCGGACGACUUCAAUGAGUACGAUCCAGCACCGUAUGAAGGUGGAUACGACAUAGGAUUGAUUUACGGACGUCCUCUGCCGCCAUCGGAGGAGAUAUGUUAUCGCCGCUCGUCGUCUCCGGCAAAGGGUAACAACUACGACUCGCCGGAGUUCAAAUCAUCUGAGCCAAAUGCGUAUGACGAGAAGAAGUUGGAAUCCGAAUACAGCAGUUACAUACGACAGUCGUCACAUAAGGAAAACAAUGAAAAUCCAGAUUUGAAACAAAAUCAACAGCAACCAAAACCACAAGAAGAGCAACGACAGAGGUCUAGUGAAUCUUCCAGGGAGGAAGAGCCUACUCUGGCCGGUGAAGGAGGCUACGGUGGUCGCAAUAAAACAAACAAAAGAUGGUGGCGGUCAGGGUCGUGUUGUAGCAGCAACGGCGCAAUUCAAUGACGGACGUCUGCUGGAAUGUCUUUGCAUCGGUCUUCAUUGACGACACUUCUUCAAUUCGUUUUGUUCAUUACAAGUUCAUAUUCCAUAUACACUAGUUUUAUUUUUUGUUAAACUCAUUGUUUCAAGGCAUCAUAUCUCUCCUAGUUUAGCCUAGGAAUUGUAGCUGGUGAGGUUAUUGUCAAGAAAGAUUCCGGUGAAUUGUUUGCAUA